UGCAAGGUUGUGUCCACAUGUGACCAGCUUAAACUAGUUCUGAAGACACAAAGGGAAAGGAGAGGGAGAUAAGGAGCCAGAUAGCGGGGCAGCAGGCGGUGUAGCAGAACCAGCGCAGUAGCAGCAGCCUCCGCAGUAGGAGCGAGGAAGUGUCGGCAACUGAGUCCUCGUCUCAGCGUCUAAUCCAGAAUGCAGGUCCGUGGACUCUUUCUCUUGGUGCUGAUUCUUCUGGCUGCUUCUUUGGAGGCUGGCAAAAACAAAAAAGAGAAGGUAAAGAAAAAUGGAUCUGAUUGUGAGGAAUGGCGCUGGGGCCCCUGUGUCCCCAACAGCAAAGACUGUGGUGUUGGCUACCGUGAGGGGACUUGUCAUGAAGAGACCAAGAAACUCAAGUGUAAGAUUCCCUGCAACUGGAAGAAGGAAUUUGGAGCUGAUUGCAAAUACAAGUUUGAGAGCUGGGGUGUCUGUGAUGCUGCAACAGGGCUGAAGGCCCGUUCAGGCACUCUGAAGAAGGCCCUGUACAAUGCCGAGUGCCAGGAGACUAUUCAAGUGACUAAGCCCUGCUCUCCUAAGGCCAAGUCAAAAUCCAAAGCCAGGAAAGGAAAAGGGAAGGACUAGAGUGAUGGAUACAACCUCACCAUUGUCAGGACAUGGUGCCUGAACCCACUUGGACACACACCACUUGGAGCUGCAGCGUGAUCCCUCCCAGCUCGGCGAUGCUUUGCCAAAUCCCACUACUCUUCUGCCUCCACAACUUUGUCCUUAACUGAGAUAUUAUUUUCUAAUUCCUAGUUUUGUAGAGAACAAGUCCACCCUGUCCUGAAGGAGGUGCUGUUUGCCUUCUCCUUAAAUUUCUCCCUUCUACCUCCUGUAUAUGCACCCCAGUGUUCUUUGCUCUGGUUGUUUCCCAGAAUUCAGCAGCAUGGCGUGUGUUGAGAUGGGGCUGGGCUAGGCUGUGGCUAGAGUUAUUCACAUUGGGAGUCCUUUGUGAAAGCCAAAUGACCUUCUGGCACAUCUCUUGCAAGCGUAGCGAUCCCUGUGAUUUCCCCAUGCAACUUUGGCUUCUCAUAGACAAAGCUAUAAAUUUAAGCUAGCCAAGGAAACUGUCUUGGGGGGGAUGUAAUGGAGUGGGGUUGGAGAGAGUUACAAUAAGAACAGAGGGUGUAGAGCCCCAAGCCUGCAUUGCCUUCCUAAUGAGGAGGCUGUGUGCAGUGGGACAGUUUUGACUACUUUUGGUGUCAUUUUGGCCCUCUCAGCUUUAUAAGGGCUAAAUCUGUGCCUGCAGCCCAUAAUGGUGGUAUGUGAGUGUGCAUGUGUGUGUGCAUGUGCGCCUUCCUCUCUCCUGUUCUCUCUAAUACAUCCUUGUUCAUGAGCAGCACAUUCUCUUGCAGAUGCUCCAUCUAGGGAAGGAUACGUACGUACGUGUGUGGGGGGGGGGGGAGAUCUGUGAGCUAUGUUUGCUUGGGCUUCUGCUAACAAGCCACACCUUAAACCCCACUCCAGCAUCCAAGAAAGAACCUCCCCAGAGUUAAUGAGCAUUGUUUCUUUCUCAGUUGUUAUGCCCUCAUUCCUUUUGUCCCUUCUUAUCUGUAUUUUUGCUGGGACGCUGUGGCCUUUCCCCAACUUUACUGGUGCUGGGUAAACCCUCUCUGCUUUUUACAGUCCCCCCUCCCUUUUCCAAUAAAAGUCUUUUUACAAAAACAA